UAGGCGUGGGAGCGCCAGGGGCGGAGCGCGAGGAGAACGCUGUUCUCCUGACUCCAUUGAGUCAGGAGAGAAGGGGUCUCAGCCGCGGAGGCGGGAGCCUAGGAGAACGCCGGGAAAUGGACUCAGUGGCUUUUGAGGAUGUAGCUGUGAACUUCACCCAUGAGGAGUGGGCUCUGCUGGACGAUUCUCAGAAGGAACUGUACCGAGACGUGAUGCAGGAAACCUUCACUAACUUGGCUUCUGUUGGGGAAAAUUGGGAAGACCAGAGCACUAGGGAUCAGUGCGAAACGCAAGGAAGAAACAUAAGUGCUCAUGUAGAACAGAGACCCUGUCAAUGGGAAAGUCCAUGCAGGGGAACCUUCACCCAGGCUCCAGUUCUUAAACAGAAGAAUAUUCUCCCUGGAGGAAAACCCUGUGAAUGCGGCAUAUGUGGAAAAGUUUACUCCUGUCGUUCCUCUCUGAAGAGGCACAUGCAGUGUCAUAGUGAGCAUACACUGUGGGAAAGUCACGGAUUUGGAGGGAAGUUAUACCAGUGUAAAGAAUGUGGGAAAACAUUCACCUUUCAAAGUUCCUUUCGAAUACAUGAGAGGACCCACACUGGAGAGAAGCCCUAUAAAUGUAAGCAGUGUGGGAAGGCCUUCAGCUGGCCCAGUUCCUUUCAGAUCCACAAGAGGACGCACACUGGAGAGAAGCCCUACACAUGUAAGGAAUGUGGCAAAGCCUUCAUUUAUCACACCACCUAUCAAGGGCACAUGAGGAUGCACACAGGAGAGAAACCCUAUAAAUGUGGGGAGUGUGGGAAGGCUUUCAGCCACCCCAGCUCCUUUCGAAACCAUGAACGAGCUCACUCUGGAGAGAAACCCUAUGAGUGUAAGCAGUGUGGGAAAGCCUUCAGAUACUACCAAACCUUUCAGAUCCAUGAACGGACUCACACUGGAGAAAAGCCUUAUCAGUGUAAACUGUGUGGCAAAGCUCUCAGUUGCCCCACGUCUUUUCGAAGUCAUGAGAGGAUUCACACAGGAGAAAAACCAUAUAAAUGUAGGAAAUGUGGCAAAGCCUUUAGUUUCCCCAGUUCCUUUCGCAAACAUGAAAGAAUUCACACUGGAGAGAAGCCUUAUGAUUGUAAGGAAUGUGGGAAAGCCUUUAUUUCUCUCCCAAGCUUUCGAAGGCAUAUGAUAAUGCACACUGGAAAUGGGCCUUACAAAUGUAAAGAGUGUGGGAAAGCCUUCGAUUGUCCCAGCUCAUUUCAAAUUCAUGAGCGAAGGCAUACUGGAGAGAAGCCCUAUGAGUGUAAGCAGUGUGGGAAGGCCUUCAGCUGCUCCAGCUCCUAUCGCAUGCAUGAGAGGACUCACACUGGAGAGAAGCCCCAUGAAUGUAAGCAGUGUGGGAAGGCCUUCAGCUGCUCCAGUUCUGUUCGAAUUCAUGAGAGGACCCACACAGGAGAGAAACCCUAUGAGUGUAAGCAGUGUGGGAAGGCUUUUAGUUGCUCUAGUUCCUUUCGAAUGCAUGAACGGAUUCACACUGGAGAGAAGCCCUAUGAAUGUAAGCAGUGUGGGAAGGCCUUUAGCUUCUCCAGUUCCUUUCGCAUGCAUGAGAGGACUCACACAGGAGAGAAGCCUUAUGAAUGUAAGCAGUGUGGGAAGGCCUUCAGCUGCUCCAGUUCUUUUAGAAUGCAUGAGAGGACUCACACGGGAGAGAAGCCCUAUGAGUGUAAGCAGUGUGGGAAAGCCUUCAGCUGCUCCAGUUCUAUCCGGAUACACGAAAGGACACACACUGGAGAGAAACCGUAUGAAUGUAAGCAGUGUGGGAAAGCCUUCAGCUGCUCCAGUUCUUUCCGAGUACAUGAGAGGACUCACACGGGAGAGAAACCCUAUGAGUGUCAACAGUGCCACAAGGCCUUCAGUUGCUCCCGUUCUUUUCAGAUCCAUGAAAGGACUCACACUGGAGAGAAGCCCUAUGAAUGUCAGCAGUGUGGGAAAGCCUUCAGAUGUUCUCGCUCCUUUAGAAUACAUGAAAGAACUCAUAAUGGACAGUGAUCCUUUAAAUGCAAAUCAUGUGGUAAGACCUUCCACUGUCCCAUUGCUCUUUGAAGAUAUUCUCUUGCUUAGAGAAACACUGUGAACAAAAUAAAACUGGAAAACCUUUCAUUUCUUUAGUUGUGAAUCCCAGGAAAAAACCCUGUGACUGUAUGUGAUGGGGAAGCCUUUAAUGGAUAUGCAACUUAAUGAGGCCCACAUAGAUACACAGGGGAAAAUAAGCCCUGUACAUUAGGUAAUGUGUAAAAGCCCUUAGUUGCUGGAAAUCACCAACUUGUAUUACAGAGUAGCAAGCAUUGUGGGAAACCAUCAGGAGUCUGAGCCCUCAAAACGUGAAGAGGUUCACCGCAUAAGAUCCUUAACAAGUGAAAAAAAAUGAUUAAUUUCCCAUCUUAUUGAAUGUUUACAUGAUACUUAUUUGAGAAAUUGUGAAUUCAUGAAGAUAGCCGUUGGAAAGGAAUCCUAUAAGUGUGGACAGUAUUGGGAAGUUCCAUGUAAGUUUGUAUAUGUAUAUUUUUGAGAAGUCAUAAAAUGAAAGAAAUAGAAUUUUCUUUUAUCAGAUGCUCAUUCUUAAGACUGUGACUCUGGGCUAUAGAUUUCUGUUACUUUUGUUUAUAUGGACGUCAAGGUUAGAUUAUUCUGAAAGUCAUCAUUAAACAAUGGUACAUAAAUUUAAUAAG